CUGGAUUGCAGUCGAAAAAAUGUUUCGUGCUAUUUUUGUGUUUAGUUUUGUAUCUUUGUUGCUGGUUUUUGGCCAGGACAUCGUGCUCGAUGAUCCGGAAAAGCAGCAGGAAAUGCAUGCAUUUUUCAAAUCGAUCCGAGUGCAAUGUGCGGAUGAGAAUUUGAUUACAUAUGGUAAGAGGUUGGCGGUCGUUGCUCUGCUGAGCCUCGGUUUGUGCACUAUAAAGGCGCUGCAGGAUCAUGCCAAGGAUACUGGCGAUAUAUUCAUUAUUAACUAUGACAGCUUCGAUGGCGAUGUAGAUGAUAUAUCCACGACGACACCAGCACCCAGGGCAGCUGGUUAUGUGGAUUUCGAUGAAGUUACGCGGAACUGCAAUGCAAGUUUUAUCACACCAAUGUCGAGUGUCCUGCAGUUCAAUACCACAGGAGCUCUGCCGGAUGAUAAGGAUAAAACGAGCAUGUGCUAUUUCCAUUGCUUCUUUGAAAAAUCCGGCUUAAUGGAUAACUACAAACUAAAUGCGGAUCUUGUGCGCAAAUAUGUUUGGCCAGCCACUGGCGAUUCCAUCGAAGCCUGCGAGAAAGAGGGCAAGGAAGAAGCGAAUGCCUGUGAGAGAGGCUUUGCCAUUAUCAAGUGCGUUGUCCUGCGCUCCCUCACAGAUGCCAGGAACAUUCCAGUUGUGUAAACUACUCAAAUUUUGGGUACAAAAUUACAAAUUAUUUGUAUUAAAUGGCUAAAUAUUGCUAUGGCCGUGCACAGAGUUCGCUAUAAAACUAUGUAAAAAGCAUAAACUACACUGUUUAG